AACCGUCUCAGUAUAUCUGGGCAGUCCUCCAGCGUCAGAUGACACAACGUCAGUCAAGUUUUCAAAACAACAUCAGUGUGAUGCUGGGGGGAGAAUAAGAAGAAAACUAUGAUGGCUUCAACUGUGGCAGAGAGAGCCAUAGGAGCAAUCAUUGGAGCAGCUGUGGCAGACGCAGCAGCCCAGCCCAUGCAUUGGAUUUACAACCCAGAGCGACUGAAGGAGGUUCUGUCAGAUCUGGAACCGUGUCCAGAGUUCCGCCCUCAGUCAGCUAACCCGUUCUACCGCAGAGAGACCGGAGAGCAGACGUGCUACGGAGACCAGGCCUACGUACUGCUAGAGUCACUCAGUCAAUGUGGAGAUGUGAACGUGGAGGACUUGACCAAGCGCAUCUACAAGUUCUUUGGCCCAGACACUGUGUAUGAUCUUCCUCUCAAUAACCCAUACAGACAAAAGAACGGUCCUAAAGCUGUCCUCCCCAUUGAUGGCCCUUGGAGAAACGCAAGCCUCAAAGCCUUCAUGAGGAACGUGGAUGCAGGAAAAGAAAAGACAGGAUGUGAUGUGGACUGUCAGAUGGACGGGGUCACCAAGAUGGCUCCCGUUGUGGCGAUGUUUGCUGGGAUGCCGGAGAUGUUGGAGAAGGUGGAGACAGCCAUACGUGUAACCCAGAACAACGAUAUGUGUGUGGCCAUGACACUGGCUGCAGCAAGGUUCCUGGAGCAUUUCAUCCUGAAUGGUUCUGACCCCAAUGCUCUGGACUCAGUGUUGGCCCAGCUCAACAACCCAAACAGAAACAACCCUCAGGACCUGGACAGGGCUGUUAUUGCACAAAUCUGUCAGGUGAAGGACAACUUAGCCAAGCAUUCCCCAGAGCUGAUACCUGCUGUGUUCACUAACACAUGAGCCUUGCCAGGUGCAUUCCAGGGAGCGCUGCAUGGGGUCCUGACACUGAGCCAGCUGGAGGAGGCAGUCAGGGGAACCAUGCGCCGCGGGGGAUGCACCGCCAGUAGGGCCUCAUUCAUAGGGGCCUGUUUUGGAGCACAGACAGGUCUUCAGGGAAUCCCAGAGUCUUGGAAGAACAGGACCCUCAAAUAUCCUGUGCUGCUGGGACUGGCUAAGAAAGUUGUAGGCUCACAGCAAGCCUAGAUUUGGCACAUCACGUUAAAGGCAGUUAUGCAAAUGUAUAUUACUAAAUUAAUGUAUUGCUAGAGCUGAUUAACAUAACCAGUCCAACAUAUUAUUAGGGAAUAUGAAUUAUGUAUUGAUUAUGUAUAAAAAAAAUUACAACUGCUUUGUAAGCCCAUUUUAUAACACAGUUGUACUUUGACAAAACAGUUUAUGAAAGUUACAUUCUAAAGUAACAUUUGACGGAUGUAACUUGAACCUUGUUGCUCUGUCAAAGCUGCAGUAUGUUGCAAAAUGAUGAGUAUAUGGAAUAUGGAAUAUUCUUGUCAUGUAUACAUUAGGAUUAAAAGAGGAAGGAUACUUGUGAACCAUUUUUGUGGUAACUGAGUACAUAAAAUGAAUUAACACAGCAUCUAAACAAAAUUAGGAAGAUUACAAAUAGCAUUUGUGUGUUGUAGUGCUUGCAUGUAUAGGAAAUUAUUAACUUAUCACAUAUUGCAGUUGUUUACUUCACCUUAGCUACAGCUCUGAAAUACUGUCUCUAUGGUUUUGGGUGGUUUUUCAGUUGAAAUAACCUCUGCUCCGGUUAGAGAAACUGAGGGCUUGCAAUAAUUUAAAGAACAGAAAUGUAUUUUGCAAAAGAGGAAAUGAAUUUCAGCAAGUUUCAAUACUCUCUAUCUCUUUCUCUCUCUGGCAUGGGUUCUGUUGAAGUGAAAUAACAGAGACACAGAGAUUUACCGUGCUGAAACAACUGAAGGGACUGCAACUUAUCCCUCCCUCAAAGGAGUUAGUCUGUUUUCUUAAAACUGCUGACUUCCAUAUUACCAUGUUCUCAAUGGCUCCUCUGAUGAUUUUGAAUAUACUCUCUGCAUAAAAUGAAGCCAAUAUCUUAA